AUGGGCCAGCAGGCCCCUCAUUUGACAGGGAAGGGGGAAGAAAGUGUAGGCGAUCUCAACCGGAGCCAUCCACCCAUACAUACAAGCAUCCGGCAGCUGAGACAAGAUGCAAGGCCUAACUACAUGAAGAAAUGUUUUGGAGGCAAAUGCAGCAGCCAUCUUGCACAAUGCGCGAGAGCCAGCGAUUUGGAAGCACACAAGAGGAAAAAUGUUGGCAGCAGACAGAAUAGCGGACGAUCCAAGGCUGCAAGCCAACGAUCCACGGAGGCUCCAAUUGGCAGUUUGCAGCGUUUGUUUGCGGCUGGCCGUGCGGAUGCCGUUUGCGGGUUAGCGUCCCCGGUUCCUGAAUGA